AUGGCCAAAGAAUGCCCGUCAUCAACGUCGUGUCGAAAGUGCAGAGGUCACCAUCACACCCAGCUUUGUCAAGGUCCAUCGUCAGCAAGCGCAAAGGCCAUCGAAAGUCAAUCCAAGGAAAAUUCGAGUCAACCAGCUAGCGAGCAACCAUCCGCAUCAGUUUCGGCAACCGUGGACGAACAAGUCAGCCUCGCCUCCGCCGGACAUGAACGCAAAAAUGUACUCCUAGCCACCGCUGUAGUAAUUGUUGUAGAUGACCAUGGAAUGGAACACGCUGCGAGAGCUUUGCUGGACUCUGGUAGUGAGUGCUGCUUUGCUACCGAAUCGUUUUCACAGCGCAUCAAGGUUCAACGGAAACGCAUCCACUUGCCCAUCUCCGGAAUUGGGCAGUCCGCCACGGAAUCACGGUUUAAAUUCCACUCGAAGAUUCGCUCCCGUCUCAGCAAUUAUUCCGCUAAUGUUGAAAUCCUCGUUCUGCCCAAGGUCGCAAUCGAUUUGCCUUCUGUCGCUGUCAAUACGUCGUCCUGGGAAAUUCCACCAGGAAUUGAGCUUGCAGAUCCUGCUUUCCACCAAACCGGUCCCAUCGAUCUAAUUCUGGGCGCAGAAGUCUUUUUUGAAUUCUUCAAAGUCUCUGGCAGAAUCAACCUCGGACCAGGUCUGCCAACGCUCGUCAACUCUGUCUUCGGCUGGGUCGUGUCCGGGAAGAACAACCGAAGUGCUGCUGCUUCUCCAAUCGUCGCAAACAUCGCUACUGUCGCUGACCUGAAUCAACUUAUGGAAAAAUUCUGGUCCAUUGAAGAGGAUAGUGCUCGUUCAUGUCAUUCUGUAGAGGAGGCAGCCUGCGAAGAGCACUUUCGUCAAACAGUCUCUAGGACACUCGAAGGCCGCUACGUAGUGUCGCUUCCAGUCAAGCAAGACGUUCUCGACAACCUUAAGGACAAUCGUCGUACAGCUAUUCGCCGUUUGCAUCUCCUGCAGAACCAACUCGCACGCAACGAUGAGCUUUGCCAACAGUACCGAAGUUUUAUGGACGAGUACCUGCAAUUAGAACAUAUGUCACUUGUGAAGGACUACCAACAAACGCCGCAACUGUGCUAUCAUCUUCCACACCAUGCUGUCAUACGCGAGGACAGCACCACCACAAGGGUACGCGUGGUCUUCGACGCGUCUUGUCGAUCUUCGAAUGGCCCAUCCUUAAACGACGCACUUAUGGUUGGACCCACUGUGCAAGAAGAUCUUCGAUCAAUCACUAUGCGAUCAAGAAUUCGUCCAAUUUUACUCAAUGCAGACAUCAAGCAGAUGUAUCGACAGAUCCUCACCGAUGAACCAAGCAAUCGACUGCAGCACAUCGUAUGGAGCCCAUCGCCCGAUACCCCUUUGCAAACCUACGAGCUGAAAACGGUAACUUACGGUACUGCUUGUGCCCCCUUCCUGGCCACACGGGUGCUCCAACAGCUAGCAGAUGACGAGCAGGAGGAGUUUCCUGAGGCAGCUGACGUUCUUCGACAAGAUUUCUACGUAGACGACUUAUUUUCGGGAGCACAUACGAUAGAAGAGGCCAUCACGUUGAGGAAGCAACUGGAAGUACUUCUCGGCAGAGGAGGUUUCGAAUUGCGGAAAUGGGCAUCGAGUGAACCUGCUGUUCUAGAGGACGUUCCAACGGACAAGCUCGCGCUGAAAUCAUCGGUGGACCUCGACAGAGAUCAAUGUAUCAAGACAUUAGGAUUACAUUGGGAACCAUCCAGCGAUACUCUACGUUACAAGACACAACUACCGGCUACCACGACCAACGAACCUUCAACAAAGCGGACCGUUUUGUCCCAUAUAGCUCGCCUAUUCGACCCACUGGGACUCGUAGGACCCGUCGUAACGAGCGCUAAGAUCUUCAUGCAAGCGAUUUGGACCCUAACCGACGACGACGGAAGGCCAUGGAGCUGGGACAAGGAACUCCCCACUGCAUUCAAGGACCGUUGGACAACGUACCAAUCGCAGCUUCCUUCCCUAAACGAACUUCGCGUGCAACGAUGCGUUCUACUUCCAGCUCCAACUUCAAUACAAAUCCAUAUCUUCACUGACGCCUCCGAGAACGCAUACGGCGCGUGCGUAUACCUACGAUCCACGGACUCCAACGGUUCCAUCAAGGUUGCCCUGCUUUCGUCCAAGUCCAAAGUUAGUCCACUAAAAAGGCAAAGUAUUCCGCGAUUGGAGCUGUGCGGUGCUCUAAUGGGCGCUCAACUCUACGAAAAGGUGGUGGCUUCUCUCCGCUUAAAAGCUGACACCUUCUUCUGGGUCGAUUCCACCGUAGUCCUAUCUUGGCUGAAAUCCUCUCCAUCGACAUGGGCUACUUUCGUGGCAAACCGUGUUUCAAAAAUCCAACUUGCGACGAAGAACUGUACUUGGAAUCACGUAGCUGGAGUACAGAAUCCUGCCGAUGUUAUCUCCAGAGGAACAACAGCAGAGGCGCUAAUCGAUAACCGGCUUUGGUGGUAUGGUCCGGAGUGGCUUCAUCGGGAUCCUAUCGAAUGGCCAACAGCGCAACCACCACACCCACCAUCAGAAGAAGUCUUACGGGAAGUGAAGAAGUCACACCUCACGGCUUGUCCAGCAUCUGAAGAACCCUCGUUCAUCGACCAGCAUGUGCAGAAAUUCUCGAACUAUGCUCCCAUGUUACGCAUCACGGCAUACUGUCUUCGAUUCUUGAGAAACUGUCGACUCAACUCUAAUCAACGUUCAUCCUGCACAUUUCUCACCACGGAAGAAAUCGACCGAGCGGAAGCAGCAUUAGUCCGAUUGGUACAACUCCAAUGCUUUAGCAGUGAUAUCGAGCAACUACAACGACAACAACACUUAUCGGCGAAAUCUCGACUACGCUGGUUCCAUCCCUUUCUCGACGAUGACCAGAUUCUUCGAAUUGGAGGUCGCCUAGGCAAUUCACGGUUAUCGUUCACCAGCAAACACCCAGUCAUUCUUCCUUCAUCGCACGCCUUUUCCGCUCUGCUGGUCAGAUCCUUCCACCUACGACACCUUCAUGCAGCCCCACAACUAUUGCUCACCCUUCUUCGACUCCGGUAUUGGGUCAUAGGGGCCAGGAAUCUUGCUAGAAGGACUGUCCACAGUUGCGUGACUUGCUUCCGCAAUCGACCGAAAAUGAUCGAGCAGUUCAUGGCGGAGCUGCCGGCUGCUCGGGUAACAGCCACUCAACCGUUUGCAGUAACCGGAAUCGACUACUGGGGACCCAUCCAAAUACAACCACAACAUCGGCGAGCGGCCCCAAGGAAAGCAUACGUGGCGGUUUUUGUGUGCUUCUGCACCAAAGCAGUGCAUCUAGAACUAGUGGCUGACUUGAGCACGCAAAAGUUCAUCCAAGCACUUCGGAGAUUCGUCUCGAGGAGAGGCCUCUGUUCCGAAAUAUAUAGCGACAAUGGGCGAAAUUUCGUUGGUGCCGCCAAGGAACUACGUCACCUACUUCGCAGCCAGGAGCACAGGGCUGCAGUCGUCCAAGAAUGCACCAAGAAUGGGAUCAAGUGGCGCUUCAACCCACCAACGGCCUCCCAUUUUGGUGGAUUAUGGGAAGCAGCAAUCGCAUCUGCACAAAAACACUUCACUCGUGUACUGGGACCUCGUAUUUUAGCAUUCGACGAUACCGAGACCCUACUUGCCCAAAUUGAAUGCUGCCUCAACUCCAGGCCACUUGUUCCCAUCAGUGAUGAUCCCAGUGACUUCGAGCCACUCACUCCUGGACAUUUCCUGAUCGGCUCAUCGUUGAAAGCUUUGCCAGAUUGGGACUAUUCAGCAAUCCCAUACAACCGGCUCUACCACUGGCAACAAACACAGAAAAUUUUCCAGGACAUCUGGCGUAGGUGGCACACCGAAUAUCUGUCGACGCUGCAGCCACGGACCAAAUGGUUGAGCCCAUCCAAACCUAUCGAAGUCGGUCGGCUGGUCAUCUUGAAGGACGAAAGGAUUCCACCAAUGCGCUGGGAAAUGGCUCGGAUUACGGACUUGCACCCAGGAGCCGACGGAAUCGUACGUGUAGUCACACUCCAGACACCUCAUGGAAAGUAUACUCGGCCUGUCUCCAAAAUAUGUCUGCUGCCGAUUGCCCCUUCAUCAAAGGAUGAAUCGCCGUCAUCGUCGUCCGAUCCAUCAACAGCCAGAAUUCUCCGAUCGAAAGGCACCAUCCAAGGAACAACACACGCUAGCAGAAAGUCCAUCGAUGAGCAGCUGCAAUAA